AUGCCGGGGAGAAGUGUUAUCGACCUGUUAGUUGCCGAAACAAAUCGAUAUGCGACCCAGUGCAUUGAUGAAAAAAGUCGACCCCCAAGAGUAGUGCCAGAGUUUGCACGAUUGAAGAACUGGACUCCUGUGACACGCCAGGAAAUUCUGGCAUUUGUUGGACUAGUUUUUUCCAUGGGUGUUGUUAAGAAACCUACAUAUGAGUCAUAUUGGGAGAACAAUCCUAGAUCAUGGUCUAUGGAAACACCAAAUUUUGCCCAAGUAAUGUCUAGAAAUAGAUUCCAGGCUAUCUUGCAGUUUUUGCACUGUAACAACAACGAGACAGCAGUGCCACAUGACCAACCAGGCUACGACCCACUCCACAAAAUCAGUCCUGUUAUAGACAUUUUAAAUCAGACAUUUUCAGAAAAUUACAGACUUAACCAGGAUGUUUGUGUAGAUGAAAGAGUUGUGGGAUUUAAAGGCCGACAUCAGUUAAAGCAAUAUUUGUCCAACAAAAAGGCACAUAAAUGGGGGAUUAAAUUGUGGGUUUUAGCGGAAUCCUACACCGGCUACACCCACCAGAUUAAAGUAUACAAGGGUAGACGAAACGAAGCAAGAAGUGAAAAUGGACAGGGGUACCAAGUAGUGACAGAGUUGAUGACACCUCAUUUAAACAAAGAUCAUCAUGUUACAGUUGAUAGUUUCUUUACAAGUCCCAAAUUGGUACAUGAUUUGAAAGAUAAGGGUACAUUCUGCACAGGAACUGUAAUUAAAACCAGACGUGGCAUGCCAAAAAGCUACCGCACUGCUAAACUUCAAAAAGGAGACAUGACAGUGAAAUAUCAGGGACAACUCAUGGCAGUUUUGUGGGCAGAUCGCAGACUUGUUACCAUUCUUACAACAACUGGCUCUGCAAGCAUGAUUAACACAACAAACAGUAGAGGAAGAGAUUUGGCCAUUCCAUCCGCUGUUAAACGUUAUAACUUUACAAUGGGUGGAGUAGAUCUCGGGGAUCAACUUCUCUUACAGUUCGAGCCAAAUUUUAAAAGUGUGAAAAUGUGGAGAAAACUACUUUUCCAUCAAUUAGUUACUGCUGCAGUUAAUGCCUUCAUCUGUUACAAAAGAACUUUUGUUGUUGAAACAAAGCUAGACCAUUUAAAGUUCCAACAGCAAUUAUGUCAGGAUUUGAUAGGAAAUUAUAGAGAUGGAAGUAGAAACCAACAAAUAAGAACAGUCAGGCUGGAGCAUCGACAGUUGGGCAGAAUAACUGAGAGGCAUUUCCCAGAAAGAAUACCAGAUGGUAAACGGAAGAAAUGUGUGGUGUGUGCUGGGACAGACAGAUUCAAGAAAUCCCGUAUUCAGUGGUGGUGUAGAAUUUGCAAAGUUGGACUCUGCGUCGACAGGUGUUUUAAAAGAUAUCACACCAGAAUCAACUUUGAGGAAUGA